GUCGCGGUUCUAUCUAGCGGGCCCCGCGCCCCCCUCCCACCCCCUUUUCCAACGGCAGUGCUGUGUUGAGAAUUCAAGGGCAUUACAUCUGGUUGCAAUCUAGUUUCAUGCGGCUGCUGGGCUGUUAAGACCUCGCGCUGACGUCAGAGCAGGGGAAUUACUUCUUUUUAUUUUAUCUUUUUUUAGUUGUCUGCUGCCCUGGGAGGGGAGGCGGGUGGAGAGUGGGGGCCAGGCAAGCUGUGAUGUGGAGGCGCCAGCGCGAUGGGAGCCCAGAUCUGGGAGCUCUGCUUCCUAUCCUAUCCGCCUUCUCCUCCCCCAUUCUCCACGCACUCUUCUCUCAGCUCCAGCCAGGCCCGGGUUGGGGGCAGUGGAGUGGAGGCCCUUCCUGGCUGACUACACAGCUGUUUCCAGAGGUUUCUCUGGGACGUGGCCCUUGGGAUCUGGAAGCUGGAGAGUAAUCUAGUUUCCCACCCCUCCUCCCAACACCCCAGAGGGUAUGUGGGGCCCAAGAACAAGGCAUAGACACAGACAUUCUAGUCCCAAGGCAGCCUCCCCCCAGAAGCCUGGCCAGGCUCUCAUCACAGUGAUUCCUUGGAAAGGAGACUGUAUGGGGUGAUUGAGGCUUCAGAGGCCAUCUUGGGAGGGGGCAAAAUGUGACCUUCCUUGACAAUCAGGCAUCCUUCUGACUUCUGCAGAGGGGCUCUCUGCUUCAGAAGUGUCUUUAUUCCCUCUGGUCCAUGAGGCCUCUGUUCACGGGGGUGGGGUAGGGGUGGGGAUGGUAUUUCUUUCUAGACCAUUGGUUUAAAAAGCCCUACUCAAGAUGAAAUCCUGCUGUACACACACACACACACACACACACACACACACACACACACACACACACCCCUCCUGCCAUGUGCGAAGUAGUUUUUAGGUCACAGUAUUGUUCCUACCUACAAUAAAUAGGCAAAAACAAAAGUUUAGCGAAUAGAUCUACUGCGUAUGCCUUUUCUCUUGUAGUUUAUUUGAUUAGAAAAACGACUAGCUGUAUGUAGCCCGCUGAAUUCUGUCUUCACAGCCACUGAUAGGUCACACCAAAUUUGAAAAAGCAGGCCUCGGAAAUGGAUCUGCUACAUAUUCCUUCAACAAAUAGUAAUCGAGACCCUACAAUUGCUCUUUUUUUUUAACUACACAAGUAAUACAUAGAGAGGUUCUCACUGUGGAAGAUGCAGAUAGCCAAAAAGCAUGUAGAGGGGCAGCCCUCAGCACUGGUGAUCCUGUAAAGUCACUGUAUCCUUCCAUCUGCCCACUUAAUGUGUGCAAAAGGCUGUGGACAAAUGCAUAGUUUUAUUUCCCCUCAAGUGAAACCAUACCCAGAUCUCUUAGUCUGCAGCCCUGGUUUCCCUUCUCUCUGGAAGGGGAGUGGGUGAGACUCUGGAUGGACUCCUGGCUCCACCAUCUGCUGAGGGAGUUGUUUACCACCCUGGGCCUCAGUGUCUCCAUCUGUACAAUGAGAAUCCCAGUGCCGACUGCAGCUGUAGGUAUCCAUAGAUGGUUAGGUCGGUGAUCCUGAGAAAGGCCAGCUGCUGCUGCUUCGCUCCUGCCAUGGCUGUCUUCCGUGUCGACGGCAGCACAUACUUGUCCUUUUCUGCCUCAACCAGCUGCCUGGGCUGUGGUAUGUAUGUGUGUUUGUGGUUCCCAGGGAGGAGGAGCCAUGCGCAUUGGCAAUGAUGAUGUCCUCAGACCAGGGUUCUCUUUGGGACAGGCCCUGGAUGUCAGGCCCCAGCAACUGUGGACUGUCCAAAGACCUAGUGUUUUCAAAGCCAUGUCAGGGUCUAAGCAUGAAAUAUUCCCUAGGUUACUGCCCAGUGACAGGUGUGUGAGACCCAGGCAACAGCAAGAUCUUUAUGGAAGAGAGGGUUGUGAGCAAGUGAUACACGGGGCAGAGGUAGAGAAGGAGGGAGAAUGUUUCUGCUGCACUUGGGAGACUUUGUGUUUUAGUCACUUGACUCAGGAGAAAUGGUGGAGGAGCCAUUCAUUGUGCCAGGGCCUCCUUGUUGACCUCCUUGCCAUCUUUUUUCUGAACUCCAGUAGCUACCUUGAAGCCUCUUUUUGAUUUUUGACCAGAGGCUAGCCUGGGGUAUUUCACAUGCUCCCAGAAUUCUCUCAGUCCCCUGCCCUACUCCUGCACAUUACCCUCCUUUCAGUUCAGCUAUUUUCCUGCCAGCCUCUUGAGUUUGCCUGGGCUGCCCUUUCCACCUGGGUGCCCUUCAUCUGCCUCCCAAGACCCAAACAGACAUCCUGUCUCCUCCUCCUGACCUCCAAGAGAAUGAGUCAUCUCUCUUUGUCUAUGUCAGUGGCCUAGCGUGGAUCUCUGAAUGAUAGGCCCUUCUGCCUUGCACAUGAGGCUAGAGCAGCUGAGCCCCAGUGACUCCUUCCAGGGCCCAUAGCCAGGGGUGGGGACUAGAGCUCAGAUGCUUAGGAAUGCUUCCUGGUAGGGGCCCCAGGUGAAGUGCAGAGGAUAGGAACCUCACAGCCCCUCAGAGGCCCCUUUGAUCCUUGGCUGGUACCUGUUCUCUGUGAAAAAAGUGUGUGUGUGUGUGUGUGUGUGUGUGUGUGUGUGUGUCUGUGUGUGUGUGUCUGUGUGUGUGUGUGUGCGCACGCGCUUCAAGAAACCUAGGGGACUGGAAGAAACUGGCUCAUCCUGUUUCUCCAAGAAUGAGGGUGAGCUGUGCCCCUUUCCGGUGGGUCACUGAAGACCUAAGAUUGGAAUGUGACACCAGGGAGGGGGAGGCCACAGGAGGCACAGGCUGAGGCUUGGCUGCCAAAAGACAAGAGUUUGUUCUGCUGGUUCUGGAGCCCUUGAAACAGAAGGGCAGGUGUGGGAGAGACAGAUACUCGGAGACUCAGAGACGCAUGUGCAGGGCUGAGGUGUGCAGGGCUGAGGGAAACCUUGGAAGCAGAGAGUGGGAGAGAAGGGGACAUACAGGACUGAAAGAAAUUGAGGUGUUCUUGCUACAGAUGAAUAGGCUUUCUCAGGAGAGAAAGCAGUCAACAUGCACAAGGGCUCUGGCCACACCAGACAUUCUUCGGUUCUUUGAGCUUCAUUUCUGUGCUCACAAUGAACAAUCCAGUGUUAAGUCUUCAAGGCUCUUGAAGUGUUGUCACUAGGCAGACAGUCAACAAAUGUCCCAUUUUUGCACAGUUGCUUGCUUGGGGCAAUAGGGGCCUGUGAAGAGGAGAAAUGGCUGUUCCAGGGCCCCGGAUAGAGAGGCGGUAUGGCAUUGGCUGGGAGCUGUGGAUGAUAUGCUGGAACCAGCCAAGGAAUCUUUCCCCCUUGCUCUCUGGACUCAAUGCCAUCAGUGUCAGCACAAGGUAGACUGUGUUUGGUCUCUAGGCCUGAGCUGCUCACUUUGUGUGUGUGUGUGGAGAGAGGGCUGCUGCAGCUAAUGGAGAGGGCUAAUGGGAUCAGGCAGCAGGUUUGCUGAACGCCCACCCAGACCUGUAGGAGCUUGCAAAAGGGUGUGCAGGGGAGACUGCUCAUCUGCACAGUGGGCUCUCUUGGGACAGAUCAGCAAGCACCAGAUUAAGAAUCAGAGAAAAUGUCUGAAUUCCAGCCACUGCUGGAAUUAGGGGAGCCACUUUCCUUCAGCAUCAGUUUCUUCUGUCAAGAAUGGGAAUAUGAAUUGCUAUCGGUAUUAAAAGUGACCUUGAUGUGUUUUGUGAUCUCAGAAACAAAGAGGGUCCUGUAGCCUCAGGACAAAGAUUUUCAGGGAGGCCAGCCUGAGUUCAAAUCCUAGCAUCAGCUACUGUUUGGAGGGCUCUCUUCCUCCAUUUUAAAAUGAACAUAAUGAGAGGACCCUGCUGGCCCACAGCCCUCCUCUUGGCUGUUAUUGUUGGGUUGAGUCUUGCUUUUGUGAGGUUUAGGUGGAACAUAGAGCCUUUCGCCUCUAGGCAAGUGAGUAUCAACCCUGUGGUGUAUUCCAGUGCUGGGCUGAUUCUUACUGCUAAAGAGCUUUGCAACAUAGACAAGGUAUCAAUGACUUGACAAAGUCACCUCUAACCCUCACUUGCAAAACAGGGAGUCCAAUGCCUAAUUCUCUUCUGGCAAGGUGGAGGUCAGUGGGGGAAGGCACAUGAAAAUGACUGGCUUCUGGCCACAGUUUCUAUUUGCAAAGGGAUUUUGCCCCAGUGAUGAGAGUGGACCCUAAGUGGCAGUGUGACCAGUUUCAUUUGUAUGUUCACAUGUACUGAGUGAUUCACGUUGCAAGGGCUUUGACCAUCCCUAAGGCUCCAUCUGUCUGCCCUACCUUCUCUUUCUCUCUCUCUCUCUCUCUCUCUCUCUCUCUCUCUCUCUCUCUUGCACUUGGGUGUUUUGCCUGUAUGUAUGUCUGUGCACCAAGUGUAUGCCUGGUGUUUAUGGAGGCCAGAAGAGGGUGUUAGAGCCCCUGGAACUGGAGUUGCAGUACAUUUUUUAAAAAGUAUUAUUUCUGUGUAGGUGUCUGUCUGUGGGUAUGCCAUGUGCUACCCUGGAGCUGGAGUUAUAGAUGAUCACAAGCAGCCCUGGUGUGGGUGCUGGGCUCUGCACUUCCAUCCUCUGGAAGCAGCAUGGGCUCUUUUAACUGCUGAACUAUCUCUCCAGCCCCUCUUAUGCAUAGUUCUAAGCACCCUGGCUGCCUAGGUUCUGACCUAAGUUAUGUUGCUUGGGCAGGUUACCUAUCUCCUUUGUUCAUUUUCCUUGUUUAUGAGGCAAAAGGCAAGGAACACCCUCCUUUUACAUUCCUAAUGGCAGAAUGAAGAGAUCUGAGUUCACACAGAUGAAGUACCAUAGUGUCUGAUAUGUACAAAGUGCUCUCUUAGCUAGGCUGUAGUGGUGCAUGCCUUUAAUCCUAGCACUCAGGAGGCAGAGGUAGAGGCAGAGGCAGGUGGAUCUCUGUGUUUGAGCCAGGGAUACAGAGGGAGUUCCAGGACAGCCAGGGCUACUAGAGAAACCCUAUCUUGAAAACAAACAAACAAACAACAAACAAAAAACACCCCAAAACUAGUGAAACAAAUGAACAACCCCCAAACAAAGUGCUCUUUUCAGAAACGUCUCUUACUUGCUGUUGCCUGGGGAAGGUCAAUCUAGCUAGCCAUACUCCUUCUAGAAGUACCACCUACUGGCAAGGGGUAGUGGGCCUGCUAGAACAGCCAGCUCCUGGAUCAGUACUAUCCCAGACAGGCUACUAGGGUAACAUAAGGCUGACUGUAGGAACCCCUGGGAGGCUGAGAAGGAGAAACCCUAUCCAGCAUCAAGUGAGCUUCAGACUUGAAGAAAGAACUCUGACAUCUAGUGUGAAAGUCAGCAGUGUUUUCUGGUUGAGCCAUCAUUGAUUACUAGGGGCCACCAGACUGGUUCCUAUGUGAUUUUAUGGAGGUCCUUCAAUCUCCUAGAACCCCUGCAUCCUCACUUAUUAAAUGGCCAGAGCACCUAUGAUAUAUUUUUAAAAACCUAUGAUCCACAUCUGGGGUGGGAAGUUACACUUUGUAUGCUAGUUGUUCUGUCACUAAAUGCUGCAGUUGGUUAUCACUGGCAUAGAGCUCAAAUGGGCCUGCCUUCUGGGAGCUUCCAGUUUGAAAGGGAAAACGAUCUAUGUUCAUGAUUAGGAUAACUUCCUAUCUUAUCUCGAACCACAAUGUUCUAAGGCAGAGCAGAGUUGUGCAUUUGCUUACUUCUGGGACACCGGGAUACACUAUGGAGAGGAGGCUAUCAAUUUGAGGUAAUUUUGUCACUUGGGGGAUGUUUGAGUCAUGUCUGGAGAAAUUCUUGGUUGUCUCAGCAGAACAUUGCAGUCCACAGUCUCUAUAAUAACAAACCAGCUGGCCAAGACAUCUAUAGCACUGAGAGCUCAACGAGCCUUGUUGCAAGGUAAUAGUAGCCACACAGAUGUAGUCCCUGCCAUUUUGAAGUGUCCAUUCUGGUGGGCAUACUGGCAUUGCAGAAAGGACUGUAAUAAUCACAGUUGCAUAAUGAGUUGUGAUGUGCUGAGCUCAAAGGAAAGUGCAGAACCAGUGCUGGCCUUCUGCAGUCUUUCCAGUUCAACUUGGUGGCCCAAUUUCUAAGCUUCAGAGGUGGAGGGGAAGGGUAUCAUUGCAAGGCUGGCUGCCAGAAAAAGGCUCCUAGGUCAGCCUGAGGGACCUAGAGGAAACUUGCACAGGUGGAGGGAUGCUAAUGAGAAACCGCUUUCACUCUGUCUGGUUUGAGGAACUGCAGCUCUUACGUUGUACUGUGGAGACAGAAGACCAGGUUAGGUAUGAGAGAAUAGGGGCCAUUGCUGUCCCAGGCCUCUCUGGGCCCAUAUCUGGCCUUUGGAUUACAUUCUCUAAUAGGUGGGAAGAGAAGAGGAAGAACAACAUUUUCAUGUCAAGCACAGAGAGGAGUGGGGAUGGGAAGCAAUCCUAUGUGUGAUACCUUUGAGACAGCACAGAAAAUCCCCACUGUGGCUCAAAAUAGCACUAAAAACAGAGGGUUUGCCAAAUCAGACUUAGCAUAACGUUGACGGAGUUGGCUUUGUUCCCUUGGGGUGACACUGUCUCCUAGGAGCUUAGGGACCUCAGGUGGGGUGGCCAAGGCCUCUACUGGAAGUUUCUAGAGGUCAGAGAUGGCAAGGGGUGAUGUGAUACCUGUAGACAGAGCCAGUUGGUGAAAGCAAAGGGAGGGAGCUUUGAAUCCUCUGAUGAGGGAAGGCCUGUCUCAUUGUCAGGAGAGCUAUCAUUUAAUUGGUGCCUGCUUUGUGCAGGUAUUGGGUGGUUCUCUCUCUUAGUAACUGUUCUGUCAAAGAGACUAAAGCUCAGAAAGGUUGAGAGACCCACAUGAGCUCAACCAGUUGAGAAUCACAACUACUGGGCUCCAAAUGAACCCUGCUUACCAUCUACCCCUUCAUAUUAGUCGUGCACCCAUUCCAUAGAUAAUCAGCUGCUAUGAAAUGACACUGUGUUCCGCUAAGAUUUUAAGACUUGGAGGCAGACAGCCCUGAGGUUGAAUUCUGACUAGGGAGGUUUUCUUCCUGUGGGUUUUUCUUUUGGUUUCCUCCAUUCUUGGGUGGGCAUAAUGUUUUCCUACUGUAAGUGGCCAUAGGGGUUAAACUCAGCCUGGAAAGGGAAAGAGGCCCCAGGGAGGUAAGGACCCGCCCUGGGCCACCCAGCUUGGCAGGGUGCAAUAAAAGAGCUCUGGUGGAGGAGCCAGGCCAGAUUGCCUAUCUCUGUGCUAUAUCAGUGUCGAAUUUCUUUAUUUGAAUGGGGAGAGAGGGCAGCCUCCCUCUGCAGGUAGAGAAGGUGGUGUGGAAUGUGGCUGUUUGUUUUUCUUUGCCUGUGAAAGCCUUAUUUCAGCUCACUUGGCUGUGCAGGGCUUCUGAGACACAAGAUGUUCUCUGGGGGGUGCCUAGCCAAAGUGGACACUGAGAGGGGGGCACCCACCAUCCUUCUGCCUGCUCUAAUGAGGCCUCCUGGUCCCCUUCAUCUCCAUAUCUCCCGGCGACAGACUCUAGGUAGCGUGGAAAAUCAAGACAGUCUUCCCGACAAACAAAUCUUGUUCAUUCACAUGGAGAGGGGGAGACUAGCUGACUUUUUGGACUUUUUUCUCUACCCAGGCAUUGCCCGUCCAGCUAGCACCCUUUAUUCUGAGACACCUUGAAGGGGCAUUAGUGUCAUUGUUAUUUAUCAAGCCGUCAAACUGAGAGCCCCUUGUACUAGGGAAGUGGAUUCGAGGAACGAUGGGGUGAUCAUGAGGCAGGGCUUUCUGCAAUGGCUGCCCCUCUUUCCCUUCGGCCCCUCCUCUUCAGCCCGCUGGCGGCUGGGAGAGGAAGCCCUGCCGGCAGGUAGCAGAGAAAAGACAUAGGAUCCAGGGGGGAGUCGCAGUGAAAGCAAACAAACAGGCCUUUGUGUGGCUUCAGAUUGGCGGCUCAGAAGGGAAGCCAGGCCUGUGGUAGGCAAGAGAGGGAGGAGGUAUGGGAGGUCGGGCCUUUGCUUCAGGCCGGGUAGUUGGGUUGUGGAUAGCUGGAGCUGGAUGACGAGGCCUAUCCUUGUAGACAGGCAAAGCUUGAGCUUGACUUCUAAACAGAUCUAACGGACUUACUCCCUGGAGCUAUCACACCUUAGGACUGUCAUGGGCUCCCAGGCCACUUUGCUGCCUGUGGCUGCUAGGAAGAAGUGGAGUAGUAGGGAGGGAAUCAUGGCCACCUGGGAGGACAGACUUUUCAGAACCAAUAACACAGCGGGAAUUUCAGUGGGGGAGGCAGCCCUGUGGAGCAGAAAGGUUUACUGUGGGUGUCCGUAGGUAAGAGAUGGUAUCUUAAGCCCCCACCACUGGGAGCCAAACUGCCCUAUCAUUUGUGCAGACUACCAGGUUGGAGGCACAGGCCGAUAGACGCGUGUGAGGGGUCUUGGGUAGUGUUGGUAGUGGAGCUGUAUUCAUUAUCCUAGUGAGGGCACCCGCACCAGCCCGGCUGCUCAGACCAGGACCCAAGUCCACCGAGACGCAGUCGGGCCAGAUGAUCAGGCAGCUGCGUGGUUGCUCUGGGGCCAUUUCCUCUCCUCUCCACGACCUCGAAACGGGCGGCGGGAGGGCAGACGCCCGCGCUUCCUGCCCGCCAGCCCCCGGCGCCCCCCUAAGCGGCGUUCCACUCGGGAGGUGCACGGGGCGGGGUGGGUGGGGCGGGCACUGAGUCGCCAUGGCAGCGCCUGGCCCGUCAUGCUCCGCGCUUCUGGGACCAGGAGCCAAGGCCCCGCCCCCGGCUCGGGCCCCUUUCCGGGAAUGCAAAGCCGGAGGCGUGGCUUCCAGACCUGCUAAGGUACUCUCGGCCUCUGUGCUCUAGUCUAGCAAAGAGGAGGGAUACCGUUCUCCCCCUCCCCCGGGGACCUCAGCCUUGGUGCUUCUUUGCGCUGUCCUUCACGGACGAGGCACGGGGGGCGCCCCGACACUCUCUUAUUCUGGCAGAACUGUGCCCAGAGGUACCCGCUGGUCCUCGACAGCCCAGCGCUUGGCCUCAUGUAAUUGGCAAACGUUUGGUGGCCUGGCCAGGAGGCACAUUUUUUACAUUCUGAACCGGGGCUCCAUCUCCUGCCCUGGGGAAACCUCUAACUGAACUUUGUUGCCAAGUUUGCCCCCUGUAAUGUUGCCCUCUCUUCGCAUGCUUUUCAUGCCUUGAAUCCCUAACUUCGCCCUCCUGAUGUGCUUUCUUUCCUUUAGUCCAGUAAGAGGCUCCAAUUCAGUUGGCUUCUGCCCCUUCUGCGUGUAUGGAGCAGGCAGCUAAAUUUAAUACUGGUCUUUGGGUCUUGGCAAGAAGAUUGCCUCUUAAGCUGCUGGACUUUGCCUUUCUUCAGCCUCACCCAGAGCACACACAGGAGGAUGAGAGUAGGUUUUUAUGGAAGCAGAAAGAUGCAUCUUGAUGUAUCAUACAUAGGCCAGCAGUAGUGGUGCACACUUGUAUCUCUAGUGCUUCAGGAAGCUGGGGUUUAUAGGUUAGCAAGAUGGAGGUCAGCCUGGGCUGUAUAAUGAGGAGAUCUUGUGUUUGAAAAAACAAAACGACAAAUCUUCCCAUUCUAGAUACUUUUUAGUCUGAUAAUCUGAGUAUGUUGACUGUAGAGAAGUUGAAAAGUAGGAGAACCAGACCCAGCCAUAGCUGUCAUCCCAACUCCUUUUGAGGUCGAGUGAAGCAGGAGUUCAGGAUUAGCCUGUGCAACAUACCAAAACCCUCAUCUCAAAAAGGAACUAGGACCUGCUACAAAGGGGCCUGCUACAAAGCCCUAUGACCUGAGUUCAGUUGUGGUUGAAGAAAACUGACUCUGGCAAGUUUUCCUCUACACACACCCACACACACACACACACACACACACACACACACACACACACACACACGUAAGCUGUAUGUGUGUUUAUCCUAAAUUCCUAAAAAACAAUCUGGGAUGAGCACAGCAGAUGCAAAGGAUGAAAGAGUUAUGCAGUAUGUGUGGACUUGUAAGGUAUUUGAUGACUUUAAGAGCUUUUUUUUUUCCUGCUAUAAAAGGAGAACAGGCUUAUUAUAGAACUUUUGGAAAGUAUGACAAGUUAAAAGGAAGAAGCUUACCCAUGCUCUGGUCUCUACAGGCAGCUGCACUGCCUGCUGUAGGGUUAUCCCUGCUGUGUAUGCUACCACUCUUGUAGGACCCUGAAGUAUAGACUCUACCUUUCUCAUAUAUUGCCACACUAGGAAUCCUCCGUUCUGUGCAUCUAUGGGGGAUCUUAGAUGAGGAGUCUUAGUCUUCGGAGAGCUGGCAGCCUAUUGGGCUACCCAGGUAGUCAUUUUGCUCAUCUCUCUGUCCAUAGACCCUUGGCAGGUCUCUUUUCCUGCUGUUAGCUCUAACAAGUGUCCUGGACCAGGAGUCUUUCUUACAAGAGGCUGAGGAAGCCACCUAUUCUGUACAGGGACCCAGAAGGCUCUUGGCCCAUGCUGAGCACUGGGCUCAAGCAAAGACUUUGAUUUGGCCAGACAUACAAGGCUGGAAAGGAUCAAACCUAGCCUCAGCCAGAGCCAGGCAACCGUCACUCAGACCUGGAGGCUUGUGUUCAUUUCCUGACUAUUCUAUUUGCCUGGUCUUGUUGAGAAUCAGGGCCUGCUAUUGUAGCUCCAUAGCCUCUCACGUUGGCAUAGGGUACAACCUUCCUAUGUCCAGACAACCUCCAGACCUGGCUUUGAACUACUCUGUCCUCAUCUACCCUGUAGCCAGCCUCUUUUCUUCUUUUGUCUUCACAGUGCAGUCUUAGCCACCCAAGCCCUCUGAAGUGGGCCUUGGAGGAUCUCAACUGCUAGAUGGAUUGUGCUAGAAAGGCUUCUAAGACUGAGGGUAGAAAGCUUCCUAGACAGAAGGAUGUUGAAUUUGCAUUUUGAGUGGCAGCUGAAUUCAAUAGAUGGAAAAACCAUAGGCCUGGCACAGGGCAUCGGGAGUAACACUAGACCUUCCCUGGUCACUGCCUGCUACCAUCAGUGUGUGCUGUUGAAAAGGUACAUUAGGUAAAUUUUGUCUUAUUAAUAAACUUAUUGAUGUAGUGGCUAUUAAAGAACAGUUCACUUGCAUGGAUGAGUCUGCCAGGUUAUGGGUAAGAUCUCUUGUCUGCACAUGAUUGAUUUAUCUGAGUUCCUUCCUGUGGGCUGGGCACCACCCCUGUGUGGAAUUUAACCAAGUGAGGAGAUGGGGACAUGCCUCCGAUGUGAAUUCAUGGUUGUAUGAGCCUUCCUCAGCCCCUCAUUGCUGGUGAAGCUGUGUGCCACUGUAGCUGCCCUUUGUUUAUCUAUCUGUAGUUAUUCUCUCUCCUAUGUUUUCUUUCCUUUGCCAACAGGGCCUUUAUAUGUAGUCCAGGGUAGCCUCAAACUCAUGAUUCCUUUGCUUCAACCUCCUAAAUAAUGGGGUCAUUGCCGUGGUUCUCAACUUCUUAAUGUUGUGACCUUUUAAUACAGUUCCUCAUGUUGUGGUGACCCCCAACCAUGUAAUUAUUUCCAUUCCCACUUCAUAACUGUAAUUUUGCUAUUGUUGUUAUGAACCAUAAUGUAAAUAUCUGUUUCCAACGGGUUAGGGGACCCUGUGAAAGUGUCGUUGGUCAGCAAAAGGGGUCUUGGCUCACAGGUUAAGAACCACUGUGCUAUCAGACUUGUCCCUGGUCCAACAAAGUCAUUGUUGGCUCUGGAUGUAUGCGACUGCUUCUCUUGGGUGUUAACUUGAUCACAUCUGGAAUUAACUAAAACCCAAGCACCUGUGAGGGGUUUUUCUUAAUUAAAUAUUUUGAAGUGGGAAGACCCAUUUUUACUACAGAUAUUUUGAGGGGGGAAGAUCUAACACACUCUUCUGCUUUUUUUUUCUUUCUUUUUUUUUUUUUUUUUUUUUUUUUUUUGAGACAGGGUUUCUCAAUAGACCAGGCUGGCCUGGAACUCAGAACUCAGAGAUACACCUGCCUCUGCUUCACAAAUGUUGGAAUUACAGGUGUGCGCCACCAUACCUGGCUGUCCUUUAGUCUGGGUCACACCUUCUGCUGGCAGCCUGUAUGAAGGACAGGAAAGAAGGAAGUUUGCUCUCUUUGCCUGCCUGCCCUUAUUCCUGCUGGCAAGUGUAUUCUUCACUGAAAUUAGAGCCUACUUCUUUGGGAUUCUGGCACACGCACGCGCGCGCGCGCACACACACACACACACACACACACGCGUGCACACACACACACACACCAGCUGAGAUCUCUAGCCUCAUGUACUGAACCAACUAUUGUAUGCUUUAACCUUCUGUUGGUAGACAACCAUUGGACUAACUGGACCAUAACCUGUAAGCCACUCUAAUAAAUUCAUUCUGUCUUUUUGUCUCUUUCUCUCGUCUGUCUGUCUGUCUAUCUGUCUGUCUGUCUGUCUGUCUGUCUUUUUCUCUUACUCAUUCUAUGAGUUCUGUUCCUCUGGAGAACACUGACUAAUACAGUAUGUCAGAGGGGCUGCUGUUUUUCGUCAGUUUCCAAAUCAUACAUGCUUUAGUUACCUGUAAGGGCUUGUGUAGAAGAUGAGUUUGUGUUCAUGCAUAAGUGGAUGCUGUCUAGUGGCUAUAGAUCUGUGUUUAUGGUGGGGACCAGUUAUGGUUGGUGGAUUCUCCUGGGUGUGCUCAGUUUGUGUGCAUGUGUGCCCCUUGGAGUGAAGCACCUCUGCUUUGCCACCAUGCUUUACCCUCAGCCUCUUUGUUGUUAGUCUUAGUGUUUCAGAGCAGGCUUUGAACUGCCAAUCUAUCUGCCUCCAUUUCCCAAGUGCUGCACCACCAUAUCACUUGUCACUAUUGGGCAGUGGCCACAAGCAGAGUUGCUCUUGAAGGGCAUUUGUCCUUAUGUCCUGGGAUUUCUGGGUGUCUGGCCAUCUUUGGUGACCUCAGUGUAGCUGGACCAUGGAUCCAGGAAGGGCUGCUAUGGUGGUUGAGGGUCAUUUAACCUUCUUUUGGCAGAACUGGGUCUUCCUAUUCUGUGGUGCCAAAACCAGAGGAUGUUGGGGUAGGGUCACAGUGGUUCAGGCCCAUUUUUCAUAGAUGGAGAAACUGAGGUCUGGAGGGACACAUAGCUUUUUAACGUCCAAGCCAGGUGCAGAACAUGUUCACUGUGGGGCUCAGUUCUGAGGCAGCCCUUGCUCCUUGCAUGGGCCUCCAUACCUUUUCUGGAACACAGUAGGUGUGCCUCUGGCCCUGUUGGUUCCUUUCAGGGCUGCUGGUGGCAGACUAGAGCAUGGAGAUCUGUAUGGUCAAAACAGGGCUGGGGUUUGUUAUGGAGUACUAACCAGGACUCAAACAGCAAGGAGUGAUGGGAGCUCUGCAUCCUGAUGCCCAUUCCUUUCCUUUAGUAGCUACUAUCCCUGUGGCGUCAAAUACUUUUGCAGAACAGCUGGUAGCUGUGGGAUGGGCUAACCUUCUGAUCAGGGGGAAGGGUGUUGAGUCUUUUCUCUAGGCCUGCUCAGUUCAGUUGAGAAAGGGCAGCAGUCUAGAACCCAGGUCCCCUUGGCUCUGACUAGGAGGCAGGAAAGGCCACAAAAGAACUGGGUUUUCUUUGCCAUUGUGGCUGUUUGUAGCAAUAAUAUAUUUCAUCUGGUAAACAGCUGUGUGUGGCAGACUGAUUCUGUGCAGCCACUAAAAUUAUCUGUUGUCUCUAUGAGCCCUGCUCAUAAUGAGGGAUGGCCAGGAUAAGAGACUAUAAUUGAGGAGCCUGCCUACCUGUGUUGUCAUGCACUCAUGCAUUCAUGUGUGAGAAUGCACCUUGGUCACAAGCCAAGGGAGAGGCCAAGAAAGGUGCAGUACUUCUCAUGGAAACAGGAGUCCUAGGCUAGGAUAGGGGCUAAUCUGGCCACUGUGGAAAGGCACAGUUAGUCAGAGCCACUGAUUGCCGUGCAGUCACAGGCAGAAAACUGCCUACCUUCUAUACUAUACUAUACUAUACUGUACUAUACUAUACUAUAGGAUCUAUAGACUCUUCACGGUGGUCAGAGAGAGUCUUCUUUCCCUGCUCUUCCUCUCCACCCACAGAUUCAGUGUCUCUUGGCUAUAGCUUCCUUUGGAAUUCACCAGGCUCUGUCCCAGGGGAUGCCUACAGCCACAGCACAGUGUAGCACAGCGCAGCUGCUUCAGGACCACCUGCCAUCUCUUCUUAGCCCUUUUGCUAUCACAUCUGCCUAACCUGGGCUGAAGAAAGCACUCAAGAGAUGAAAUCAGAGGUUAGGCCCUGUUUCCUCCCUCCUGUUGCAGACAGCAUUCAGUAUUAAUGCAUUCAUUCAUUUAUUCAUAUGUCUAGUAUUUUUGAAUACCUGUUAAUGACCAGAUACAGCUACCCUGCUACAUGUAUGUUGGCCCAAGGGGUCCUCCUGUCACAUGCAGCCCACAAACCUAAUUCCUAUUGUUUUUGUUUGGUUUUAGUAUUUUUGAAACAGGGUCUCAGUGUCAUCAGGAUGGCUUGGAAUUCAUUAUGUAGCCCAGGCUGGUCUUCAAUCAUGGUCGUCUUCCUGCUUUAGUCUCCCAAGUGCUGGGAUUACAGGCAUGAACAACCAGCUGCUUCAUACUUAUCUUGAAGUCUGCCCAUUGGUUAGGAAGUGGAGUAAAUGCUUCAGCGAUUCGUCUGAGAUUUCCAAUUUCACCACCCUAGAUGGGUGAAGCUUUCCUCACCAUCUCUCUUACUGUUCCUCUUGGCUGCGCCCCAUAUGGUAGUAGGGCUUCCUGGUUAUGAGCCCUGGCUGAAGUUCAAAUCCUUAUUGUGGCUUUAAAAAACAAAGAAUCACAUAGUGGUGGAGGUGUCACUUGGGAGGCAGAGGCAGAGGCAGAGGCAGGUGGAUCUCUGAGUCAGAGGACCAACCCAGACUACAGAGCUCUUUCUAAGGCUACCAGAGCCGUACAGGGAAACCUGUCUCAAACAAAACAAAACGAAAAGAUGUUCAGUGGGUAGGGUGCUGGCUACUAAGCCUGAAAACCUAUCUGAAUUUGAAUCCCUAGAACUUACAUGGUGGAAAAAAAGAACUGGCCCCUGCGGUUGUCCUCUAACUUGCACAAGGGUCACCCCUCCCCCAAAUGUAAGCAAAAUAGAUGAUGCUUUUCUCCACUCCCACCCCCACCCCACCCCACUGAAUCCCUUUCUGUUCACUCCUAACCCAUUUCUUCUUCCCUCCUAGUCUUCUGUGCCCUCUGAGCCAGAAUCCUCAAGCAUAAGCAGUCCACGUGGGGAAAGCCUGCCUGGGCCUGCCUCUGUGGGCAAUGUUGAGGGCUCAGAGGGAAGUUAGAAAGGAAUACUACUCUGCUGUGAAAAACCUGGUGUAUGUGUAGGGUUUGAAGUUCCGCUUCUUGUCUCAGCUUGGAGUGUUGGAUGAGAGAUAAACAGAGGAAACAGUCCCAAGUAGAGAAAUAGCUGGAGCAAGGGCCUGGCUGGGCAGGACAAAAUGCUUGCUCACUUGAGGGUAGAGAGGCUUGAAUCUAGAAAGGUGAGCAGGAGUCUCUCUCCCCUGCUUAGCAGUCUUCAGCAGCACCCUAUUCAGGCUGCCUGGUCACCACUGGCAAUCGACACUGCAGGUAUUUAUCAGGGUCUAUUGUGCGCAGGGACCCAGGAGUCAUGGCUGUGUCUGUGUUUGGUGGUAAUGGGCCCUGGUGGGUAAGCCUCUUCAAGGUGGCUAGAGUCCUAACAUGCCUGGUCUUUAGAUAGACAUUAACCCCACCCUUGUCUUUGUCCCCAGAUGUCCUUGCCAGUAAAUGGGCAGGCUGCCGGGGUCACUAGGUGGCAUCACAGCCAGCCAGCCAGUGUACUCUGAUUAAUGAGGUGGUAGGAAUCUGGAAGGAUGUCUCUACUGGCUCAUCUCAGGAUCCUGUCCUGACUGUCCAGGGAACAUUGUGCAGCUCAUGUCACCCUGUAGGUUGAAUAUUUCCUGUACCUGAAGCUCUUAGUGCUUUAUAGCUUGUUACCAUCUUGAGGUGAAUCCUGCUAUUUUGUAACUCUGGCACAUAGGACCACUGAAGCUAUUGGGGAGAAGCAGAAUGCCCAGAGUCACUCAUCCAUUAGAAUGGACUUCAGAUCCAGGCCUGUAGUUUCUCUUAAACUAGGGUUCUGGAGGUGGGACAUAUCCGGUGCUCAAUAAAUGUUACCUGGAUGACUAGGUAGUGAGCAUUGCACUUUCCUUCCCGGCUUGCUAUUGCAGGAAUUGGGUAGCCAACAAGCAAACUUGAAGGCUCAGAGCUUCCAUGCAGAGGAGAGUUCCCUGGAGACUGGGUGGGGUCCAAUCUGCUUCAUGUACCAUGUACCAUGGAGGUACAGUGAGAUAGGGCUGGUUUCUGAUCAAGCCCAUAAACGUAAAGAACUGUUUGACUGCAUGCUUCUAACAACUGGAGAAGGGACAUGCCUUCUAACUUUAUAAAAUGGAGGCCCAGCUACAGCUCAGAAAGCAGUGAGCUGUGCUUCUGGGGCUCGGUGAUGGGGACAGUGAUUGUUAUGACUCCAGGCUUUGUUGGGCACAUACUAUUCAUGUUGGAGACAUAUAAGUGCUAGGAUUUUGGUCACACCUCCAUUUUAUAGGUUGAAAGCCAUUAAGAUCAUAGAGUUGGGGGGGUUGGGGAUUUAGCUCAGUGGUAGAGCGCUUGCCUUGUAAGCGCAAGGCCCUGGGUUCGGUCCUCAGCUCCAGAAAAAAGGAAAAAAAAAAGAUCAUAGAGUUGGGUCUUACAGUUUUCUUGAUACAUUUUAUUUAUUGUAUGUAUACAUGUACGUAUGUAUCUAUGUAUCUGUGUAUUCAUGUGUGUGGAGGUCGGAGGACAACCUGUGAGAGUUGGUUCUCUAUUCUACUGUGGGGGUUCUAAGAAGGCAUGGCAGCACCUUUACCCACUGAGUCAGUCUGAAGGCCAUGCUGGGUCUUUGAAAUUGCAGUGACUUUUUUCUUUGUUCCUUGCUGCUUCCCAGACCUCUUACACUCGUGGCCCUCUGUGAUUUAUGGAAGGCCUCAUUUUUUUUUGAAAGUCUGCGCAUGACAUCUUGGUGUAGAGUCUUAUAUAUAUUCUUCUGUGGCUCUUUGACCUCCCUGGCAAAGCUGUCCCUAGAAGCACUGAACUGGCUGGCAGUCAGCCCAGUUCCUCAGAACACAGCCAACUGAAUGGACCAGGGUCCAGUCUGGAUGGGUGGUUGUAUCCAAGCUUGGUGGACAGUCAAGGCCUGAUCAGCAUUGAGGUGUGUAGGAACCUGGGAUUAGCAAGUUUCAUGUUGGCCAAUUUCUUUCAUGCUGUGUGAGUCUCUGGACUAUAGCCUUCAAGUGUCUUAAAUGGAAAGUAGAGACAUAGAGUGGGGUCUAAGCACAAUGCUACUAUGAAUAUUAAAAGAACCUUUUACUUCAAGCCCUCUGGUCUAUAGCAAAUUCUGCUCUUUUAUGAUAGGAAUAUAGCUAGGACUGUAUUUACUCAGUGGCUUUGGCCUGUUCUGGCCUUGUCAAGCAAAACACUUCAUAGCUAGGGUAGGAUUCCUUCCUUCAAAGGUCAUGGCUACUGCACAGUGAGAGGGAGCCUCCUUACUACCCUGUGUGUAUGGGUUUUGUUUUGAACACAUGAGCUGUGGAGGGUGGGUCUAUAGUUCUUCCUCCUACCCCAGCUCCAGGGCCUUAACUGUAUAACUAGCUGUCCUGGAACUUGCAAAGCUCCUCCUGCUUCUCUGCCUCUAGAGUGCUGGGAUUAAAGGCUUGUGUCAGAACACUGGACACCACCUUAGUUUUUGAGACACCAUUUCUCAUUUAACCUGAAGAUUGUUUAAUAAACUAGGUUGGCUGGCCAGCACACUCCUGGGAUCUUGUCUCUCUCUUUCUGCUCUGGGAUUCUAAGUAUAUACCACCAUGACUGGCUUAUUACAUGCAUGUUAAGGAUCCAACUUUAGUUUCUUUCUUUUUUUUUUUUAAAGAUUUAUUUAUUUAUAUGAGCAGACUGUAGCUGUUUUCAGACACACCAGAAUCCAUUACAGAUGGUUGUGAGCCAAUGUGGUUGCUGGAAAUUGAACUCAGGACCUCUGGAAGAGCAGUCAGUGCUCUUAACCACUGAGCCAUCUCUCCAAGCCCCCAAAUUUAGUUUCUUAUGCUUGCAAAUCGAAUACUUUAAUCAUUAACAGAUCUCCUUAGCCCCAAGUGUCUUAAUCUUCCCUCCACUGUUGUGAUGAACUAUCUGACAAAAACAAUUUGAGGGAGAAAAAGUUUAAUCAGACUCACUGUUCAUGACUUCCCUACCAUGAGCCUGGUCACAUUCUACCCACAGAUAAGGAUUAGAAAGCAGCAUGUUAGCACACACCUAAAUCAGAGGCUGGCUGAUUUCUGUGAGCUCAAGACCAGCUUGAUCUCUAUGGAGAGUUCUAGAACAAUCAGGGCUUCAUAGUGAGGAUUCCUGCCCAGGAAAGCCUCAUUUACAAUUGGGAUGGCGUUUUCUGUAUGAGUCAACCUGAUGAAGAUGAGCUCUGCAGGCUUGCUCAGAGGCCUGCCUCCUAAGUGAGUCUAGAUGGUCGUCUUGACAGUGAACAUUAUCUGUUUCAGUAGUCUCACUUUCUACCCUAGGCUGGCUCACGCUGCAGUCCUUUUGCCUCAGUCUCCUGAGUGUAAGUAUGAGUCACCACACUUGACUAGUGAAGAUUGAACCUGGGCCUCAAACUGCUAGAGAAGCCCUGUACCACCGAACUGCAACCCCAGCCUUGUUUUCCUUUUUGUCUGUUUGUUUUGUUUUUAUAGCAGGAUCUCACUAUGUAACUUUGGCUCUCCUAGAACUUACUAUGUAGACCAGGCUUGCCUCAAACUCAUAGAAAUCCACUUGCUUUUUGCCUCCUGAGUGCUGGGAAUAAAGUCAUUCACUAUUAAACUCGAUUCCUUUUUGAGUUUUCAUUUUGAGAUGAUCUCACUCUGUAGCCCAUGCUGGGCUUCCAUUUGUGAUCCUCCUGCCUUGGUCUCCUAAGUACAGGAAGCACCAGACCUUUAUUGGGCCUGGCCAGCAAAGAUGGGGCAAAGUGACAGAUAACGGGAUGAAGGGGGACACUCUGGUCUUUAGUUCAUGGGAGCACUAGUGCCCUGAGUUGAAGGCAAGGAGAGCAUGCUGAGGUAGAAGAUAAGGUAGCAGGCUGGGCCAAGUCUGGUGUGGAAAAGCAGUGGAGAAGACCCUGUAUGCACAGUGACAUGGGAAUCAGAGAGCCACGGGCCUAAGCAGUGUCCUGGCUGACAUUAGGGUGGGGCUGGAUAUCAGAGGGCAGUAAGGACCAGCUAUUACCUAUCAGCAAACUCUUAUUUGGGAGGCAUAUGCUAAGAAGAGGUGUAUAUAUUCCUCUCUAGUUUUUUCUUCAUCUCAAGAGACUUCAAAGGCCACCUCCUGUCUUGAGUGGCAGGGUUGUGAUUCACUCACAAGUAAGAUAUUUGUGGACCUGUGGCCUAUUCCCCGGGGCAGGAUGUACUGUGGCCUGAUGGAGUUUCUGACAGGGUGGAGACACCAUGAGGUGGACAGUGAGUAAGCCAGUUGAGUGUAGUCCAGAGCAUAUCAGAAGAGCAGACGUGGAAGUGAAAGGGAGAGCACAGGGGGCCAUGGCGUUUGCAGGUUGAAAUUGGGGAGCCAGAGAAGGUAUACUGAGAUCGCAGCAGAUGAGCUGAGACUCAGGGCAGGAAGAACAGUGGAGGUGGUGGGGAGCCGCAGCGCAAGGCUCUUUGGUAGGAGUCUGUUUUGUGAAUUGCAGUUUUGAGAACAUCAGGCAGACAGUGUGGCCAGAAGGGAGUGAGAAUGUUGAGCUGUCUGGGGAGCUCCAGGUCCCUAAGGAGUUAAGGAGUUACAUUCCAGGAUGCAGUUCAUUAGAGAUUCUGGAGGCUAUCGGUUGGGUCCCCACCAACAUCUCCAAGAAACAUACUUGGGUGCUCCAGGCUUCCCAGGCCUGGCUCUUCCUAAUUCAUACAGGGUGAGAGCCAGAAGCAGGAAGGUAAGGCGGGGUGGGUGGGAGUUGGAGUGUGGAGUGGAGGGUACAGACUAGCUCCCAGCCAGCUCCCACACUCUGGGAUCAUCACCAUGUGACAGCAAAGCCUGCUGAGGAGGGCCUGCAUACUAGCACCCUGCUAAGAAGCCCUGAGCAGGUGGUAGCUGCUUGCGCCUCAGGGGAACAGACUAGACUUGGAACAGAGACUGGCUGGUCUCUUGUCCUUGGGAAAGAUACUCCUCCCACUCCAUGCCUUAGCCUAUCGAAAGGCUGGACUGCCUGAGUCUAGUAGCACCUGACCAUUGUGCCUCUUGAACAUAUCACAGACUUGCCCUUUCAUUUCCAGAGGUAGGGAAACAGAGCUAAGUAAGUGGCCACAGGCUCCUUUGAAGAUACAAGGGCAACACUGGCCUCAUCAGAGACAGAGCCCCCUUAGAAACUGUGCAUCUAGCAGGCAUAGACCUUUGUGGUCAUUUUCUCAAGAGACCCAGGUCUCCUAGGUCACUCAGCAAGUUCUCUGCUCAGUGGCCAGCCAGGACCCAGGGUAGUUGCAUAUGCCUUUAAUCCUGCAGAGGCCAGUGGAUCUCUGUGAUUUUCAGGUCAUCCUGGUCUACAUAAGUGAGUUCCAAGCCAGCCAGUGCUACAUAGCAUGACUCUGUCUUUAAAAGGGAAAAAAAAAAAAAAGAGCCAGCCUGCUGCUCCAGCUCUCCCAGGGAGUCCUUGUGUGCAUGGGAGAGGAGGGGGUCUUAUUUCCUUCUCCAUUUUCCCAUCCCCUCCCCAGAUCCCUUCUCUCCAUCACACGGUUUGUUUGGAGAAUGACUCACAGGAAUGCAGCAAAAUCCUGAGUGUGGUGUACUGGAAACCUCUCUAGGGGAAACAAGGAUGGGGGAGGGGCCUGAGAGGCCUGGGACAGGGAGCUCUGGGCUGAGAGGAGGCCCUUCUUCCAGCCCCUGUCCUACCAGGUCUGUUUUCCCACUGCCACACAUUUCCAGGUUAAGCAUCUUUGCGCGGGAUGCACAGCAGGUGACUAACAAGCACCCAUUGGCAUCCAGUGUGAACCAAAUCAGACCCUUUCUUUCUUCCUCCUCGCCCCAAUGUAGAUGGAACUGAUUAUCACACAGCUAAGAGCUGCUGCUAGGCUCUGCCAGAGUCAGGCUGGGGUGGAGGGACCUGUAAUCUACCUCCUCUUACCAAGCAUAUACAAAACCAUGCUUCUCAGGUAUGACCUUUGAAACCAUGGGAUGAUGAGGGACUGCUACUUGUGGCAGAAGAGCUCAGUAUGCCUGGGAAGGCACAGCAGUUGGAGGGCAUAUAGAACUGGUGAACAGGCCAGCAGGCUACAUCAAGCAGCAGUAGCAAUAGGGGAAACAUGGGUUUUCCUGGAAUUCACUGUCCCCAGAACCACACUUUUAAGGCCCUCAGAUGGUGGUCCUGCAGGUGUAUAACCCUGUGUGAUCACAUCCAUGCUUCCUAUAGAAAUGACAUUUGGACUUUAUGUGACCUCUCCUGGAUUUUUCACGGAUGUCUGUCAUGUUGCAAAUUUUAUUGGGAACUGCCCAGUUACCAAGUUGAGCUGCAAUUCUGUGCUCGGGUGCUGAGGACAUCAGUGAAUGAGAUAGUGUCCCCUAGGACUUCCAUUUCAGCUGGAGAGAAGGCAGCAAACAGAUGUGUCAAGUGGUGAGUGUUGGAGAGAAAAAGAAAGCAGAUGUAUAAGAACAGAGUAAUUAUAAGUGUACUCCAGGAGAGGGGGGGUGGCACAAAGACCCUGGGGGAUUACACUGGUGUGCAUGAGGCACCACAAAGAGGCUAAUGUGACUGAAGCAGGGGAAACUGGCAGAGAAGGGAGGAGAGGAGGCAAGUGGACUUGGAAUGUCAUCCAACAUGCAGAGCGAGUAACACAUAGGGGAGCAUGAGGUAUAGCAGGAGUUUGCUUUUAAGUUUUAUGAGAGAUGGGGGCCCUGGAAGGUUCUGAGUAAGCAAGGAAACAGUAUGACUUCUGUUAAGUUGAUUGUGUGGUUGCCAUAAAGUCUUUGAAAGAGGCAGAGAGGUCAAGAGGAGGCCGUACACUAGUAGUGGGGGUGGGGAGUGGUGUCACUACAAUUGAGCAAAUCAUGGUGUAAAAAAAUCUCCAUGGAGUCAGAUGCUGUGCAUGCCUAUAAUCUAAGCACUCAGGAGACUAAGCAGGGAGGAUCAGGAGUUCAAGGUCCUCAGCUGCAUUUCCCCUAAACUAACCAAUCAACAAACAGAAAAAAGCAAGCCCCCUUUACUUGCAAAGAUCAAGUGUAAGUAAAGCCUUGGGAACACUAUAGAAAUAGUGACUACAUUCUACUUGGUGAAAAAAGGAAUUUAAAAGUAUACGUCAGGGGUUGGGGAUUUGGCUCAGUGGUAGAGCACUUGCCUAGCAAGCGCAAGGCCCUGGGUUCGGUCCCCAGCUCCGAAAAAAAAGAAAAAAAAAUACUAGUGUUGAAGCUGGGCAUGGGGACAUACACUUUGAUCCUAGCACUUGGGAGGCAGAUCUCUGACUUUGAGGUCAGCCUGUCUAUAUAGUGACUUCCGGGACAACCAGGGAUAUGUAGAGAGACCCUGUCUCAAACAAAACAAAACAAAAAACAAAAAUGCAAAACAAACAAUAAACAACAAUGCUGUGGUCAGGUGUGGUAGUGUAUGCCUUUAAUCCUAGCACUUGCGGGGCAGAGGCAGGCUGAUCUUUGGGUUCUAGGCCAGCCAGGGAUUGAUUGGUAGUGAGAUUCUGUCUCAAACAUCUCAAACCAACCAACCAGCCAGUGCUGGAUGUGAAAGGCCAUAGAAAUGUCUAGGGAAACAUGAUAGGAUAGUACUUAUGAUCUCAUAGCAGCCAUGGUGACCUGAGUAUGACCUCCUCAAGAUCAAGCCAGUUAAUAUUCUAGUGUGGAAGGGGAAGAACUCAUGAGCCCCCACCCCCACUGAGGAGCUACUGACAAUGGCUCCAGGAGGAGGGAGACUGAGUUUUCUUUAAGGGCAUGGCCCUCUGGUAGGUCACCCAAGCUCCAGUGUAUGGCCCCAACAACUAUGAGUAUAUUUGGCCAGCACACAUUUGACUACUUAUUUUAAAACAACAACAAAACCCCCACAAAGUUGGUACUGAGUCAGAAGAUAGGGAUAAAUCUUAGAAUUAAGACGAGAAAUAGGAUGAACAUCAUUAAAACACAGUUUAAGGAAUCCCCAAAGAAUGAAUAAAAAUAUUUAAAAAAAAAAAGAACAAAGGGGGUUAAAAUUAAUGAGUGCAAGUGUAUCUGACUUUGCAUUAUAUGCCCUGGUUUUAUCUAUAUAUAUAUUUGUGACUGUAUUUAUAAGAUUUUAAAUAAAGAAAUUCCAUCAAAAGGCAAAAAGAGAAAAAGGUCCAGAACAGAUAAGUGUAUGGAGUGCUGGUGACCUUGGCUGGGCUAGGGGAGGGAAGAGAGCUAGACUACCACCAGGACAGCAUCCUGAAUAAGAUGGCCGGACUGGUUGAGCAACUCUGUGGAUGAACCAAGCCCCUCUGGACUUGUGAAUUUUAAGUCAAGUGCUGGAGAACAAACCCAGAGUCUCAUGAAAACUGGAAAACUGCACAAUGUGUUUUUUCACUGUUACAUUUCAGCUCUCAAAGAAGUGAGGUUUCUAAUAUGUGAAUGAUGUCAUAGUUGAAGAUAUUUUAGAGAUAGAAAUUUCUAACUCAAAUUGAAGCACAUAGAAGAAGUGAUCAGGAAGAAUCUACAGAAAUUCAUAGAGUGAAGGAAGCUGGGAACUUUUGUUUUCUUUCUGCUUUGUGCAUUUACCCCUUUCUUUAAAAAUUAAAAGUAGGUAUUCCUCUAGAAAAACAAAUAAAUAUUCUAUAUUCUGAGGAGGAGUCUAGCUUCUCAUCCAGUCAGCUAUGUGGGAUCCUAGAGCAGUAGCGUUUGCACUGGCCCAGCUCUGGCCUUCUGGAACCCAUUCCUGCCCAUUGGCUGUGGGGGAGUCCCACGACCCAGCUGCCAGCAGUCCUCUGGUAGUGCCCCAGCUACAGGCGGCUGCAGCUUUCUCUGCGUGCAUGGCUUCUUCCGCAGGCCACUCACACCACAGUUGCCGCUUGUACCUUCCAUUUCUGGGCAGCUCGGCCUGUAAGCAGGCUCUGCCUUAUUUGGAGGUAGAAUCUCGCCCUGGCUGCCACCUUUCUCAGCUUGAGCCCCUUUGAACCCCAGUUCCUGGCCUGAUCAAAGGGCCCCUCAAAUGCCAUUUGGAGGUCAUGAAAAGACAGACACUGUAGCCCAGGGCAUGUAUUGGUGGUCACUCUUCAUGGGACCAAGUGUAGGAGCUUUUGAUUUGAAAGCACAGUGAAGCAGUUUCCAGUCCCAGUCUUCAGAGCAUCACCAGGAAACUGGAAUUCCAUACUGAGCUUGCAUGGAAGACCCAGACCUCACAGAGCAGGAGGAAAGGACUGUUGUCAGGAGUGACAUGUCAUGGCCGACUCCAUGGAGAUGAGUUUCUGUUCAUCCUUUACACAAGGAUCCCUGUUCUUCCCAUUUUAAAGGAAAAGAAACUAAGGCUUAGGAGCACGACAAACUUCAGCCUCCACACUCUCAGAUUUGGAGAAUUAUAUGAACUUCUCAUUACUAUUACGUGUACUUGAGAUAGGUGACUUCAAUAGAGGUCUGUUUUGGGCUCACAGUUUUGGAAGUAUGGGGUCCAAACAGCCCUGCACAGCCCUGGCGUACCACAUCCUGAUGGCAGUGUGAGUAUCUCUGACUCUGGUCUGUCUCCUUUCUCUGGAAAGUCACGGGAGACUUCUAUUCCAGUGACCUAAUCAAGCCUAACACUUCUCAAAGGCUCUGCCUCCAAAGGCCACGGACAAUCAGGUUUCUAUCUCCUCACAUGAUUGAUAGGUGCCUUAGUUACUUUUCUAUUGCUGUGGAGAGUACCGUGCAUGUCCUAUGUCUUUCUUCUGUUCUCCAAGCUGCAGUUUCUAAUUGCUCCAGAUGACUGGACAUACGACGUAAAAGAUUGCUGUAAAGUCCUAGGUGGGAUGUGUUGCUGAGUGGACAUUCUGCUCUGUAUGCCCCCCCCCUUUUUUUAAAAUUUACACACUUGUAUCAUAGCAGAGUGGGCUCUCUCUUUCCACCUUGUGAGUCCUGGAUUGAGCCCAGGUCACCAGGUUUGCCACCAGACAGACACCUUUGCUUGCUGGCCAUCUCACCGGCCUUUUCUCUGACACAACCACAUAAACUCAGGCAGGGGUUCCGGGGGAAAUCUAGUUUCUGGGCAGAAAACUAGAACAGACAUUCUUCCUGGUCUUUCUUCUCUCCCCAGAUUUGUGGUAGGUAUCCACACAGCUGACUGUAUAGUCCUCUCCAGGGACUCUGACCUUCUGGGGACAGAUUCUUCUAGUAGUUCUGGGAACUGAACCCAGGACCUUGAACAUGCCAAACCAAGGGUCAGGUUUCUGUAUUUGUUGUUUGAUUUUUUUCCAAUAUGGUCUUGCAGUAUAGCCUAGACUGACCUAGCACUGGCAAUCCUGCCUCUGCAUUCUGAGGGCUGACAUGACAGGCCACAUCAGGGUCAGUUUUGAUUAGAACAUCCAUCUCUCCUUCCCAGAGGUAAUCUAAUAUCUUUGCAGGUUCAGAUAGCUCUCUGGCCUACUCCUAGAUUCAUCCAGUCCUUUAGAGAAGCUGAAUGGGCUAUUCUAAGUAGGCUUGUGGGGGUUCUUCACCUUCUCCUUGUCCUCUUAGUCCCCCAGAGUCCUCACUGCCCUGAAGUCCAUGGGUGUAGCAUGCCUGUUACCACACAUCAAAGGAGGCUAGAUGUCCAGAGCUAUCCAGAGAUGGCCAAAAGUCAAGGAGCCUAAGGGUCAGAUGUUUGACACCUGUGUGUGUGUGUGUGUGUGUGUGCGCGCGCGCGCGCCUUAGUUACUUUUCUAUUGCUAUAGAACAUGUUAUACUAUUUUAUUUAUUGACAGAGUCUCACUUUACAGCCCAGGCUGGCCUCAGACUUGUAGCAGACUUGUAGCAGCAGUCCUCCUGCCUUGACCUCCCAAGUGCUGAAAUUACAGGGGUUUGCCAUCAUACCAUGCUGCUACAUAUUUUUAAAAAAUGAUUUAUGUGUUGUAUAUAGGUAGACUCCUUUCUGUCUCUUCGAGUAACAGUGUUUCCACCUUGAGGCUUCUGUUUGCAGCCUGCAACUGUUUGACAUGGCUGGCCCCAGGUCUCUUGCACUCUUGUGAGAUGAGUUUGGCUGUACCAUCUCUUUAAGUUCUUUCCAAGUCCUCCCCCUAUCAAAAGAUAAAAAGUGUGUGACUUCUGUCAGGCAUUUGAGAAGGCAUAGCAUCUCAGACUUUGGUUUUCCUUAGUUCCUUGGGUCCUGAAGGAGAGGCAGAGGUAGGCAUUCACACUGUACUCAUUCUUGGGCACUUGGGGUUGAGUAACGGUGUCCAGGUGAGGGGCAGCUAUUAUGGUAGCCCAGCCCAGCCCAACAUAGGUGGUAUAUACACAUGCUUACUUCUGAGUACAUGAGGGCUUGACAGUGCCUUCCUGAUACAGGCACUCAACUUUUCUUCUAGUCCAGGGCCUGACUGAAUUUCUGGAAACUUCCAAACUUAUUAUUUAGAGGUCAGUGCCUGUAGGUGAAGUCUAGAGGUGGAGAAAGAAGCUGUUUGGGCUAUAAGGGGAAAGAGAAGGUCUGGUCAGCUGGAAAUGAAGACCAAAUAAGUGAGGAAGGAAGGAGAGUGAGAGCCAGUGAAAGGGAGAGGAAGACGGGGAGCAGAGAAAGAAGGGGGACAGAACCAUGGCAUAAGUGUCAGAGUGGACGCCUCAAGGGCUUUCUGUUAACCAAGGCAGGGCGCCCCUUCUGGAUUCUCUGCAUAUCCUUAGGUUUGGGUUCCAGAUAUAGUAAAGGCCUAUGUGGUCUGGUGAGGCUAUCCUCUGAGUCUGGCCAUGAUGACAGCCCAAAUGGUUUCCUCUUUUGCCUCUGGGCCUCUGCAGCCACUGGCAUCAAGCAAAUAAGUUUGGAGGCUUCUAGAAGUUCACUCAGGCCUGUGAUAGAAAAGUUGAGCACCUGUACCAUGGUACUUCUAAGACCCUAAAAAUGGAGAGAGGAGCUUAGACUGCCCAGGAAGCAACUGCAGGAGUUCAGAAGUGAUGCUUUAGCUGCCUCUAGGGUUCCUCGGGGAUUAGCGUAUGAGACUAUUUUAGGUUUUGCCCUGUGUGAACCUAUAGUGGUGUUGACUGCCUCUGGUGAUGUCAUAUAGGCUAGGGAAGAAGGUUGGACAGACAGGCACAUGGUAGGGAGAACCACAGAUGUAUGAGAUCAGAGUCAGCAGAGAGGAAAGGCUGCUGGAGAUAGCCUGGUCUGCAUUUUCACUUACAUCAGUGAUCCCAGCCCAGGGCAGAGGCAGAGAUGCAUUUCUGUUCCUAAGUGGGAGCAGUGGACAUCUGGGCAGCUUUCUGCCUUGCUUUUGCCAGCACCAACCCUAGACACCCAACUGGUUUUCUGAUCUUCACUGUCAGCUUGUGGGAUCUGAGGAGAGAAGUGGGCUGGGAACCAUAUGAACUGCUUGAAAAUACCUCACAAAUUAGGAAUUGGGAUGCUUUCAUUCUCAAUGGUAUUGCCACUAGAUGAGACACAAAGCUCUUUGCUUUAAAAAAAGAAAUGUAUUCUCUGCAUUCCUCCUCUAGAGAGUGCUACUCGGCAGAAGGUUCUAAUGUGAACAGAAAGGUACAGGCUGGCAGUGAAUGCCACCCCCAGGCAGGCAGGGUUAUCUGUUGCUCACUGCCGUCUCCCUAGCACAUUAACUAUACCUGUCAUGCAAGGAAUACUCCACAGGUACAUGGUAAAGCAGAGCUAUAGCAGUCGAUUAGCUUUGUUGGUUUAAGAAUACAUCAGAUCUACAAGGAGGGAGGUCUGACAGCUGACCUGGGUUGACAUACUCAUAAAAUGAUGAUAUUGAAGCUCAGAGGUGGGUGGGAAAGUAACAGGUUGCCCAUGUUGGACCCAGGCAGAAGACUAUUCAUUCAGAGGACAAUCAAUGAAUGAGAGACCUCUUUGGCAUGAUGAAGUUAGCAGAUGACAAUGAGGGUGAUUAACAGGUGGAAGGGGCAUCACGGAGGCUGAGGCUGCUACCUCCUGAGGGAUCGUUUCUCCAUGCUCUGGUGUCCACAGCAUGGACAGCAGGUCACAGAAGCUCUUCGUUAGCUUAGCAGCUCAGCUAGCACCAUGAACCUUGCCAUCAGACUAAAGCUAGAAUGUGACCUAAUGCUUGCUGGCCUCCCUACUCCUGCCUUGGCCCUACAUUCAGUCUCUUUGUGGCAGCCAUGGGUUAUAAUGAGGACCUAGGGGAGAUUAUAUCCUUCCUAUGCUUGAAACACCACAAAGACCUUCCCCCACUCCCACACCCCCAUCACGUUCCCUGCAAAACAGAAUAUCUUAACUGUGGUGUACUAUGUCCUAUGGGUAUGCAUUUGUCCUCCUUUGACAUACUGAAGGUAGCUACGAGCUCUCCUGCCUCUGGCCUUUGCUUAUGAUCUCACCUCUAGCUUUUCCUUCAGUUAUCUGAAUGUUCACUACAUAGUCUUUCCAGCUAUGUUCUGAGCCUUAAGUCUCCUGGCAUUCAGUAUAAACACCCAGCCCUCACCCCAUUCUCUCAGCCCCUUCCCUGGCUCUAUAUUUUCGUAACACCCUAAGAGUAACAACUAUAGUCAGACACCACAUAACAUUUCACUCAAUAACAGACUGCAUGUACCACAGAGAUUCCUAAGAUUGUCUCCUAGUGUUGUUUGGAGAUAUGUCUUAGUUUGCGUAAGGACACUGUGAUGGCACAAGUGCCUGAUGCAGUUCUCAGAAUGAACCGUGUUGAUUGUACAUCAUUUACUUCUCCAUUCUGUUUCAUGCCUGCCUGGGGAGGAAAAUGGAAUCAUUGUCUCAUUCCUUGCUGUAGAUCUCAGUGCAGAGAGAGCAUCGUGUGCCCAGAUCUCAUCUGGCGGUCGGGUACUGGAAGAAGCGAGGGGAAGAGCGCACCGUUGCAGAGAGACGGCAAGAGAAAAGGGAGACUGCGAGACGCGCCACGCCGGCGCCCCAAGACCCAGGAGGAGCCCGCAGAUAACCAGCCCGAGUCAUGCAGUCUUUUCGAGAAAGGUGUGGUUUCCAUGGCAAACAGCAAAACUACCCACAGACCUCACAGGAGACAUCGCGUCUGGAGAACUACAGGCAGCCGGGUCAGGCUGGGCUAAGCUGUGAUCGACAGCGGCUGCUGGCCAAGGACUAUUACAACCCUCAGCCCUAUACAGGCUAUGAGGGCGGCACUGGUACACCUGCAGGCACAGUGGCCACAGCAGCUGCAGACAAGUACCACCGAGGCAACAAGUCCCUGCAGGGGAGGCCAGCUUUCCCCAGCUAUGUUCAAGACAGCAGCCCCUACCCAGGGCGCUACUCUGGUGAGGAGGGGCUUCAGACCUGGGGCAGCCCACAGCCACCACCUCCGCAGCCACAGCCUCUGCCAGGGGCAGUGAGCAAGUACGAGGAGAACUUGAUGAAGAAGACAGUGGUGCCUCCAAACAGGCAGUACCCUGAGCAGGGCCCCCAACUUCCCUUCCGGACUCACGGCCUGCAUGUCCCACCACCGCAGCCUCAGCAGCCCCUGGCUUACCCCAAACUCCAAAGGCAGAAACCACAGAAUGACCUUGCCUCCCCUCUGCCCUUCCCCCAGGGCAGCCACUUUCCCCAGCAUUCCCAGUCCUUCCCUACCUCCUCCACUUAUGCCCCAACAGUGCAGGGUGGUGGGCAGGGGGCCCACUCAUACAAGAGCUGCACAGCACCAUCUGCCCAGCCUCAUGACAGGCCGAUGAGUGCCAAUGCGAGCCUGGCUCCAGGGCAACGGGUCCAGAAUCUUCACGCUUACCAGCCGGGCCGCCUUGGCUAUGAGCAGCAGCAGCAAGCACUUCAAGGCCGGCACCACACCCAGGAAACACUCCACUACCAGAACCUCGCCAAGUACCAACACUAUGGACAGCAAGGCCAGGGCUACUGUCCAGCGGACACAGCUGUCAGGACUCCGGAACAGUAUUACCAGACCUUCAGCCCUAGCUCCAGCCACUCCCCUGCACGCUCCGUGGGUCGCUCCCCUUCCUACAGCUCCACCCCGUCACCACUGAUGCCCAAUCUGGAGAACUUCCCUUAUAGCCAGCAGCCGCUUAGUACUGGGGCCUUCCCCACAGGCAUCACAGACCACAGCCACUUUAUGCCCCUGCUCAACCCGUCCCCAACAGAUGCUGCCAGCUCUGUGGACCCCCAGGUCAGCAACUGCAAGCCCCUGCAAAAGGAGAAGCUUCCUGACAACUUGCUGUCAGAUCUCAGCCUGCAGAGUCUCACAGCGCUCACCUCACAGGUAGAAAACAUCUCCAAUACUGUGCAACAGCUCUUGCUGUCCAAAGCUACCAUACCACAGAAGAAAGGGGUCAAGAACCUUGUGUCUAGGACUCCAGAGCAGCACAAAAGCCAGCAUUGUAGCCCAGAGGGCAGUGGCUACUCAGCUGAGCCAGCAGGCACACCACUGUCUGAGCCACCAAGUAGCACACCACAGUCCACUCAUGCUGAACCACAAGACACUGACUACCUGAGUGGCUCUGAGGACCCACUAGAGCGCAGCUUCCUCUACUGCAGCCAGGCCCGGGGCAGUCCUGCCAGAGUCAACAGCAACUCUAAGGCCAAGCCUGAGUCUGUGUCCACCUGUUCUGUGACCUCACCUGAUGACAUGUCCACCAAGUCUGACGACUCUUUCCAGAGCCUGCACAGUACUCUGCCACUGGAUAGCUUCUCCAAAUUUGUGGCAGGCGAGCGGGACUGUCCACGGCUGCUGCUCAGUGCCCUGGCACAGGAAGAUCUGGCCUCUGAGAUCCUGGGACUGCAGGAAGCCAUUGUUGAGAAGGCUGACAAGGCCUGGGCUGAGGCUUCCAGCCUGCCCAAGGACAAUGGCAAGCCACCCUUCUCACUGGAGAACCACAGCACUUGCCUGGACACUGUGGCUAAGACAUCAUGGUCACAGCCGGGGGAGCCAGAAGCCCUACCUGAGCCCCUGCAGCUGGACAAGGGGGGCAGCACCAAGGACUUCAGCCCGGGGCUAUUUGAAGACCCCUCUGUGGCCUUUGCCACCACUGACCCGAAGAAAACAACCAGUCCCCUGUCCUUUGGCACCAAACCUUUGCUUGGGACUGCCACUCCUGACCCCACCACGGCAGCAUUUGACUGCUUUCCAGAUACAACCACUGCCAGCUCAGUGGAUGGUGCCAACCCCUUUGCCUGGCCAGAGGAGAACCUGGGCGAUGCUUGUCCUCGCUGGGGCCUCCACCCUGGUGAGCUUACCAAGGGCUUGGAGCAGGGUGCAAAAGCCUCAGACAGUGUGGGCAAGGCAGAUGCACACGAGACCUCUGCCUGCUUGGGCUUCCAGGAAGAGCAUGCCAUCGGGAAGCCAGCAGCUGCACUGUCUGGGGACUUCAAGCAGCAGGAGGCAGAUGGGGUAAAAGAGGAAGUGGGUGGGUUGCUGCAGUGCCCCGAGGUGGGCAAGGCCGACCAGUGGCUGGAGGAUAGCCGGCAUUGCUGUUCCUCCGCUGACUUUGGGGACCUGCCACUGUUGCCACCCCCUGGCAGGAAGGAGGAUCUGGAAGCUGAAGAGGAAUACUCUUCGCUAUGUGAACUGCUGGGGAGCCCUGAGCAGAGGCCCAGCCUGCAGGACCCACUGUCCCCCAAGGCCCCUCUGAUUUGUACCAAGGAGGAAGCAGAGGAGGUACUAGAUACCAAGGCUGGCUGGGCCUCUCCGUGCCACCUCUCUGGGGAGCCCGCAGUCCUUCUGGGCCCCUCCGUGGGUGCCGAAUCAAAGGUCCAAAGCUGGUUUGAAUCUUCCCUGUCACAUAUGAAGCCAGGAGAAGGGCCAGAGCUGGAGAGAGCUCCAGGUAGCGCCAGCACUUCACAGGGCUCCUUGGCCCCAAAGCCUAACACGCCCGCCGUACCCGAGGGACCCAUUGCGAAGAAAGAGCCUGUGCCACGGGGUAAAAGUUUACGGAGCCGGCGAGUACACCGGGGGCUGCCUGAGGCGGAAGACUCUCCAUGCAGGGCGCCAGCACUUCCCAAAGACCUCUUGCUCCCAGAGUCCUGCACGGGGCCCCCACAGGGUCAGGCAGAGGGGGCCGGGGCCCCAGGCCGGGGACUGUCAGAAGGGCUCCCCAGAAUGUGUACCCGUUCUCUCACAGCUCUGAGUGAGCCCCAAACUCCUGGACCUCCAGGCCUGACUACCACCCCCACACCUCCUGACAAACUGGGAGGAAAACAGCGAGCUGCCUUCAAGUCUGGUAAGCGGGUAGGAAAACCGUCACCCAAGGCUGCAUCCAGCCCCAGCAACCCUGCUGCCCUGCCUGUUGCCUCAGACAGCAGCCCCAUGGGCUCCAAAACCAAGGAGCCAGACUCUCCCGGCAUGCCUGGCAAGGACCAGCGGUCCAUGGUCCUCCGGUCUCGCACCAAACCCCAGCAGGUCUUCCAUGCCAAACGGCGGCGGCCCUCAGAGAGCAGGAUCCCAGACUGCCGUCCCACCAAGAAGCCCCCUGCUAACAACCAUUUACCCACUGCAUUCAAGGUCUCCAGUGGGCCCCAGAAGGAAGGUCGGAUGAGCCAGCGGGGCAAAGUACCCAAGCCCGGUACAGGGAGCAAGCUUUCAGAUAGGCCUCUCCACACACUCAAAAGGAAGUCAGCUUUCAUGGCACCUGUCCCUGCCAAAAAGCGGAGCCUCAUCCUGCGAAGCAACAAUGGAAGUGGGGUAGAUGGGAGGGAGGAAAGGGCUGAGAGCUCCCCUGGCCUCUUAAGGAGGAUGGCCUCACCCCAGAGGGCCAGACCCAGGGGCAGUGGGGAGCCACCCCCACCCCCACCCCUAGAGCCACCUGCUGCAUGCCUGGGGUUGGCUACACAAUCAUCCCUGCCCAGUGCUGUGAGGACCAAGGUGCUGCCACCCCGAAAGGGCCGUGGCCUCAAGCUGGAGGCCAUAGUACAGAAGAUCACCUCACCUGGUCUCAAGAAACUUGCAUGCAGAGUGGCAGGGGCCCCUCCUGGGACACCCCGGAGCCCUGCCCUACCUGAGAAACGUUCAGGGGGCAGUCCAGCUGGGGCAGAAGAGGGUGUAGGAGGAAUGGGUGCAGGGCAAAUGCUACCAGCAGCUUCGGGAGCUGACCCAUUGUGCAGAAACCCAGCCAGCAGCAGGUCCCUAAAAGGUAAACUCUUGAAUAGUAAGAAGCUGUCCUCUGCUGCUGACUGCCCCAAAGCUGAGGCCUUCAUGUCCCCGGAGACCCUCCCAUCCCUAGGGACUGCCCGGGCACCGAAGAAAAGGAGCCGGAAAGGCAGGACUGGGGCCUUGGGACCCUCCAAAGGUCCAUUGGAGAAGCGGCCCUGUCCUGGCCAAGCUCUGAUCCUCGCUCCCCACGACAGGGCCAGCAGCACUCAGGGCGGAGGUGAGGACAACUCCAGUGGAGGAGGCAAGAAGCCAAAGACAGAGGAGCUGGGACUGGCCUCCCAGCCCCCAGAAGGCCGGCCCUGCCAGCCCCAGACAAGGGCACAGAAGCAGCCAGGCCAAGCCAGCUAUAGCAGCUAUUCAAAGCGGAAGCGCCUCAGCCGUGGCCGAGGAAAGGCCACCCAUGCUUCACCCUGUAAAGGCCGUGCCACUCGGAGAAGGCAGCAGCAGGUACUGCCCCUGGAUCCUGCAGAGCCUGAAAUCCGACUCAAAUACAUUUCUUCUUGCAAGAGGCUGAGGGCAGACAGCCGCACCCCAGCCUUCUCGCCCUUUGUGCGGGUGGAGAAGCGAGAUGCAUACACCACCAUAUGCACUGUUGUCAACUCCCCAGGGGAUGAGCCGAAGCCUCACUGGAAGCCAUCCUCUGUUGCCUCCUCUUCCACCUCCUCCUCAGAACCAGCUGGGGCUUCUCUGACCACAUUCCCUGGAGGCUCUGUGCUACAGCUGAGGCCCUCCCUGCCCCUCUCCUCCACCAUGCAUCUGGGGCCGGUGGUGUCCAAGGCCCUAAGUACCUCUUGCCUUGUCUGCUGCCUCUGCCAAAACCCGGCCAAUUUCAAGGACCUUGGGGACCUCUGUGGUCCCUACUACCCUGAACACUGCCUCCCAAAAAAGAAGCCAAAACUCAAGGAGAAGGUACGGCUGGAGGGCACCUUGGAGGAGGCCUCUCUGCCUCUGGAGAGAACACUCAAAGGCCUGGAAUGUGCAGCCAGCACCACGGCUGCCACCCCUACCACAACCACCAUCACUACCACCACAACCCUGGGGAGGCUGUCCAGGCCUGAUGGCCCAGCCGACCCUGCCAAGCAGGGUUCCCUGCGCACCAGUGCCCGGGGCCUGUCAAGGCGGCUGCAGAGUUGCUAUUGCUGUGAUGGUCAGGGGGACGGGGGUGAGGAGGUGGCCCCAGCUGACAAGAGCCGCAAACAUGAAUGCAGCAAAGAGGCCCCUGCAGAACCUGGUGGGGACACCCAAGAGCACUGGGUACAUGAGGCCUGUGCUGUGUGGACCAGCGGGGUGUACCUGGUGGCCGGGAAGCUCUUUGGGCUGCAGGAGGCCAUGAAAGUAGCUGUGGACAUGCCAUGUACCAGCUGUCAUGAGUCCGGAGCAACCAUCUCGUGCUCCUAUGAAGGCUGCACCCACACCUACCACUACCCAUGUGCCAAUGACACAGGUUGCACGUUCAUUGAGGAGAAUUUUACUUUGAAGUGCCCCAAACAUAAGAGGCUGCCGUUGUAAUACCCGUGUGGCCGAAACUCCGAGGAAGAGGAGCUGCGCCCACAGCCGGUCCUCGAUCCCAUCCGGGUCUAGGUUCCGGCUGCCUUGGGCACUGGCGUGAGGCCUAGGUUGCGAAGAAAACCGAGGCCAGGCUUGGCAAAGGCAGGCCAGAGAGUGGCCAGACCCAGGGCACAGGGUCUCGGGCGGGGUGCAAGUCCCCUGCAAGUUCUGGAAAAGACGUGGCAUGCAAGCUGUGCCCCUGGGAAGAGGCUGGGGGCGCUGCUGGCUCAGUGGACGACGUGGGGCAGACCCAGGCCUUUCGGUAGAGGCCCAGCAAUGGGGCAGCAUGGCCCAAGCACUUGGCAUGGAUCUGCCCAGGGGCGUGGCAGGCGGGGUUCAGGCCACUCUAUCCCUGAUGAGGGCUGGCCUGGGGUGGCACCCUAUGGCUUCUUUUUGUCCCCUUUCCAGUCUUCCACCCCACUGUUGGAGCCCGGUCUGGAAGCUUGCGGAGACCGGGUCUGGCUACCCUCUAGCAGAUAUGCAGCCGUCCCAGACAUAGCACCAACAUGGGAUUCAGGGACUGCCACUCAGCUUACUCGACUCAUGGGCGGAGACCGUGCUAGAUUCGUGUACAAACCUGUGUACCCCUCUAUAUAUAUGUUACAUAGAAUGUAUAUAUGUUGGGAACAUGCUCGCUUCUGUGUGUCGCUGCUGUGCGUCCUGUGUUCCACAGCACAGAGCCCUAACCUGGCUUUGGCUGGGGUCAGAGCUGAAGUGAUGCUCCUUCCCCAGCAGAUACCACCAUCACCACCACGGCCAGCCCCCACCUGUCCGUUUGUGUUCUCAGCUGUCCACGCUUCAAUAGGCCUGAUGCAGCCCCCCUUCCCCUGCAACUUUCUGUACAUAUGACUGUAAAAUGGUAAACGUGUGUAUUAUAUCUGGCCUCGUUAUAUAGUGUAUAUAUAUGUAUACAUAUACAUAUAUAUAAUAUAUAUGAAGACUGUAAAUGUUAAGACAACUAGUGUUCUUAUUAGUAUAUUGCUUCACACUGAAGAUUGUGUGUAUCGAGCUGUUUCUAAAAGAUGUUUAUUUUCCUUAAGAGUUAAAAAAAAAAAAACAGUCAUUGCAUUCAGAAAAAAAAGUCAAUAAAGAUACCACGAUUGUUUUGGAA